UAAAUUAAAAAUGGAGAAAUCAACAAUACGUCAAAGGAUUUAACUAAACAACAUAACCUUCACUCCAAAUCAAAACUCCAAACCUACAACCUGAUUUUGGACGAUAUUACCUGGAAUGCUUCUUACACCCAAGGAUUAUUCCCAAACUAUACAGCAAAUGUUCUGGGAAACAAACAGAAACCUGAAAACACCAUCCAACCUGGAACUGAAUAUGAUACUACAUGGCAAGAACAAUGUUUGAAGCAGGGACUUCAAUUGGAAGUAAAACCCAUCGCAAUUAUUGGGGACUGAUCUACAAGUAUAGAUAUUUAUCCCGGAAAGCCACGCUCCUCCAUACUGUAGAGAACGCCAAAACACGGAAGAAGCAUAAAAAAAAUAAUAAAAUCAACAAUCCAAGGAAAGGGACAGAGGAAAACAUUGAAACGCUGGACAAAUUACCUGAGAGGCACACCUGUCUAGAAGUUGGUAGCACCCUAAAACCCACAGACUCAUGGACUAGUUUAGCUAAAUGUGGAGUAACCCCUAUUGUACAGGGUUCUCUGAUAGCUGCUUCUGGGGGCAACAGGGUUGCCAACCUGCAGACUUCAGUAGGCAAAAAGCUGGUUGCGGCUGCUUUGAGUGAACGAUGGGAGGUGGACAGUGGGUUCUUGUCUGAGGCCAGCCCACCAGCUAGUGGACACCGUUCUUCCUGCCACAACAUGUGCCCGACCAAUGUGGUGGCUAUAGACUGUGAGAUGGUUGGCACUGGGCUAGGUGGGCGCACUAGUGAAUUGGCACGCUGUAGCUUGGUGGAUUACCAUGGCAACGUCCUGUACGAUAAGUACAUCUGUCCGUGCCAGCCUGUGACCGACUACAGGACCCGUUGGAGUGGCAUCCAGAGGCACCACUUCCAGAACGCUCUGCCCUUCCCAGAGGCUAGGACCGAGAUACUACGAAUACUGGAGGGGAAAGUAGUGAUCGGCCACGCUCUGUAUAACGACUUCCAGGUCUUAGACUUGACACACCCAGGUCACAUGAUCAGGGACACCAGUGGCACGCGUCUGCUCAGACAACUGGCUGGCUUCCCCACAAAGCGCUGCGUCUCACUCAAGAUCCUGACAAACGGCCUCCUAAACAGGAAAAUCCAGGUUGGAAGAAAGGGCCACAGUUCAGUGGAGGAUGCUCUGGCUUCUUUGGACUUGUAUAAACUAGUGGAGAGGGAGUGGGAACAGGACAUGCGAGAGAGAAUGAGGGACUGGGACAUUGGCACUCUCCCAGACCCCACUACCUCAAACCACUACAUGCAGGACCAAUACUGGCCAGAGGACUUGACUGAGGACAGUCGGUGAGAAGGCUGGAGGACAGUCGGUGAGAAGGCUGGAGGACAGUCGGUGAGAAGGCUGGAGGACAGUCGGUGAGAAGGCUGGAGGACAGUCGGUGAGAAGGCUGGAGGUGAUAAGUCAAAUGAUUCAAGUUGCCAAGCCUGGCAGUAUGGUUUAGUCAGUAACAGUGUUUUUCUGACUAUGGUUAUUAAUUCCAAAUCAUCCAAGCUGGGAGGGGUUGUCUCUUCAUCCAUUUGGUGUAGCCUGCAGUGUUCAGCCCGGCAGAUGCUUUUAUCCAAAGCGACUUAGUCAAGUGCGCACAUUUUUGUUUAUGAGUGGCCCUGGGAAUCGAACCCACAAUCCUGGCAUUGCAAGCACCAUGCUGUACCAAACCAUACAGAACCAGUGGGUCAUUGCAACAAAGGUCUGGGGUACAGUCAAGUGGUUCAACGUCAAGAAUGGGUACGGUUCCAUUGAUUUUCAAAAUGAGUGGCCUAACAAUGCUCUACCUACACAGCCCCAGUCAAACUUGCAGCUGAAUGAAUUUUGGCGUGGGAAUUUAAAUGGACGGGCACACGUCGACUUUUAUGCCCACAAAGGCACAACAACUCCUCCCAGUUUGAAUGUGGGCAACGGACAUGCAGGUGCUUGCACACCUUUUGCUAAAAUGGAUGUUAUUGAUGGUUUUUGCACUUGAAACUGAAAUAUGUUGGUAAAAUGUAAGCUAUGCAUCUUAUCCUUUCACGAGGUUGUCUAUAGUAAAUACAUAUAUUAGGAAAUUGGCUUUGAGGAAUUGUUAAUCUCCUGGUGAUUUGAACUGGGAAAGUAGGGGGAAGGAAUUAAGAAGUUGGCAUGAUGAUAAUUGGGAUACAGCCUGUGUGUGUCGAAGUUGACUUGCAGAUACUAGUGCUAAUCGGAUAUGAAACGUAACUUAUUUUUAAACGUGGUUUGGAAGUAUCAAACAGAAUAUUGUGUUGUGAAAAUAUUUGCAUGGAGUUUGAAGUUGUGAUUUGAAUAAUCAUGAUGUUGCGGACACGAUUGUGUUCAUUUUGUGGAAAGAAAUGUUGAAUUUGAGUAAAAAUGCUGCUGUUAAAGGCAUUUAACUUUAAAUCCACAUGCAAUGUUCUGGACUUAGGUUUUAUGCAAGGUGAAAUCAUAGUUUUGUCUGGACGUACACUCAGUCCAAAACAAUGGAGGCUGUUGAGGGGAGGACAGCUCAUAUUAAUGGCUGGAAUGGAGCCUUUGGAAUGGCAUCAAAACCAUGGAAACCAUGUGUUUGAUGUGUAUUUGAUACCAUUCCACUCCAGCCAUUACCACGAGCCCAUCCUCCCCAAUUAAGGUGCCACCAACCUCCUUGAAGAGGGUGUUAAGCAGAAUGUUACCUCUUGUACUUUUAGAGUAAAUGCUGUAUAUUGAACUUAUUAAAGUUGUUUGACUUCAAUCACCAAAUAGUGAACUAUACUGCCACCUUGAUGUUUUCUGCUGCUACUCCAGGAAGGUCCUGCUGUGCCCUAAUUGAAUAUCAAUAUAUUCAAAUAAAAAUAAUCUACUAAA